UAACAUGGCGGACACUUGGCGCGUCGUUUCCGGUGAAUCGUCGUGAAUCUCGUCGCGAAGUCGAACGAGCUCUGUUCUCUAGUAACGGUAGUCGCGGUAAGUCCUCUCGAUUGCGUAAGGAAAUCUGCAGGCAUCACCGAUUGUCGUGAAGCUCGGAUGUCCGAUCGAGCAUGGGCAGUCGGAAACUCUCCUCGAGAACGUAAGCCCACCUUGAGUCGCCAAUCGAUCGACGCACCAACGGAGGAGGAAGGAAAAAGCGCGAGAAAGAGCAGGCACCAAGAUGUAUCUGUAUAACUUGACGCUCCAGCGUGCCACGGGCAUCACGCACGCGGUGCACGGCAACUUCUCCGGCAGCAAGAUGCAGGAGAUUCUCGUCUCCCGCGGGAAAUCGUUGGAACUGUUGCGUCCAGACCCCAACACGGGAAAAGUUCACACCCUGCUGACCGUCGAGGUGUUCGGUAUCGUGCGAUCCCUCAUGGCAUUCAGGUUGACCGGUGGAACUAAAGAUUACAUAGUCGUCGGCUCCGACUCGGGGCGCAUAGUCAUCCUCGAAUACAUUCCUGCCAAGAACAUCUUCGAGAAGGUACACCAGGAGACCUUCGGCAAAAGCGGGUGCAGACGCAUCGUCCCUGGCCAGUAUCUGGCGAUCGAUCCAAAGGGAAGAGCAGUUAUGAUAGGUGCGAUCGAAAAGCAGAAACUGGUAUAUAUUCUGAACAGAGAUGCCGAGGCACGUUUGACAAUUUCGUCUCCGCUGGAGGCGCAUAAGAGCAAUACACUGGUAUAUCACACGGUCGGCGUCGACGUCGGUUUCGAGAAUCCCAUGUUUGCGUGCCUGGAGAUCGAUUAUGAGGAGGCUGAUAGCGACCCUACCGGUGAUGCGGCGGUAAAGACGCAGCAAACGUUGACGUUAUACGAGCUCGAUCUCGGCCUGAAUCACGUCGUGCGAAAGUACAGCGAGCCGCUGGAGGAGCACGCCAACUUCCUCGUGUCCGUACCCGGCGGCAAUGACGGUCCGAGCGGCGUGCUCAUCUGCUCUGAAAAUUACCUGACGUACAAGAACCUCGGGGAUCAGCAUGACAUUCGUUGCCCGAUUCCACGGCGGCGUAACGAUCUGGAUGAUCCCGAGAGGGGGAUGAUAUUUGUGUGCUCAGCCACGCACAAGACCAAGAGUAUGUUCUUCUUCCUGGCGCAGACCGAGCAGGGGGAUAUCUUUAAGAUCACACUAGAAACCGACGAAGAUAUGGUCACGGAGAUCAAGCUCAAGUACUUCGAUACGGUACCAGUAGCGGCGAGUAUGUGUGUCCUGAAAACGGGCUUUCUCUUCGUCGCCUCCGAGUUUGGCAAUCAUUAUCUGUAUCAAAUAGCGCACCUUGGCGACGAUGAUGACGAGCCCGAGUUCAGCUCGGCAAUGCCACUGGAGGAAGGCGAUACCUUCUUCUUUGCGCCGCGACCGCUCCGAAAUUUAGUGCUGGUCGACGAAAUGGACAGUCUCUCACCCAUAAUGGCGUGUCAGGUGGCGGAUCUAGCGAACGAGGAUACACCGCAAUUGUACAUCGCUUGCGGUCGUGGACCACGAUCUACCCUGCGGGUGUUACGUCACGGUCUUGAAGUAUCUGAAAUGGCCGUGAGCGAACUGCCUGGUAAUCCAAAUGCCGUAUGGACUGUGAAAAGGAGAAUCGAUGAGGAAUAUGAUGCAUACAUCAUAGUGUCCUUCGUGAAUGCUACACUCGUACUCAGUAUUGGCGAGACUGUCGAGGAAGUGACGGACUCGGGUUUUCUCGGUACAACACCGACCCUGAGUUGCUCCGCCUUGGGCGAGGAUGCGUUGGUGCAGGUAUAUCCCGAUGGUAUACGUCACAUUCGAGCGGAUAAGCGCGUCAACGAAUGGAAGGCGCCCGGCAAAAAAACCAUCGUAAAAUGCGCGGUCAAUCAACGUCAAGUCGUUAUAGCACUCACCGGUGGGGAACUCGUUUACUUCGAGAUGGACCCUACUGGACAGCUCAACGAGUAUACGGAAAGGAAGAAAAUGCCGUCGGAGGUGAUGUGCAUGGCUCUCGGAAAUGUCGCUGUUGGCGAGCAGCGCUCUUGGUUCCUGGCUGUUGGCUUGCAAGAUAACACAGUGAGAAUAAUCUCGCUGGAUCCCUCGGACUGUUUAGCGCCAAGGAGUAUGCAAGCGCUACCAGCGGCUGCGGAGAGUCUAUGCAUUGUCGAGAUGGGCGCCACAAAGGAAGCCGAUAACUCUGAGGAUUCGGCCCUACAACAGUCUAAUUUGUACCUGAACAUAGGUCUGCAGAACGGCGUGUUACUCAGAACUGUAUUAGAUCCAAUUUCCGGUGACCUUGCGGACACGAGGACUCGCUAUUUGGGCUCUCGUCCUGUCAAGCUGUUCAGAAUCAGGAUGCAGGGCAAUCAGGCGGUACUAGCAAUGAGCAGUCGAUCGUGGCUAAGUUAUUACCAUCAGAAUCGCUUCCACUUGACCCCACUGUCGUACGAAAGUUUGGAGUUCGCGUCAGGCUUCAGUUCUGAGCAAUGCCCGGAGGGCAUCGUCGCCAUAUCGACGAACACGCUGCGUAUCUUGGCGCUCGAGAAACUCGGCGCCGUGUUCAAUCAAGUGAGCUUCCCGCUGGAGUACACGCCGAGGAAGUUUGCGAUCCACGCUGAUUCCGCGCAUCUCGUCGUCAUCGAGACGGAACACAAUGCUUACACGGAGGAGACGAAGCAGCAGAGGCGGCUGCAGAUGGCCGAGGAGAUGCAGGAAGCGGCUGGCGCGGACGAGGCUGCCGUCGCCCGCGAACUGGCGGAGGCGUUCCUGUCGGAAGAACCGAACGAGGCGGUCUUCGGUGCCCCACGUGCCGGCCCCGGCUUGUGGGCUUCUCUAUUGCGAAUAAUGGCGCCUACCACAGGGCAAACGUUCGAGGUGCAUCGUUUCGAACAGAAUCUGGCUGCACUAUGCUUGUGCCUCGUCAAAUUUGCUAAUCAAGGCGAUCAGCUGUUUCUCAUCGUCGGGGUAGCGAAAGAGUUCCAGUUGAAUCCUAGGGUCAGCAAUGGAGGUUUCCUUUACACAUACAAAGUAAAUGCGGAAUGCACCAGUAUUGAGCUACUGCACAAAUCUUCGUUGGAUGAGGUGCCGCUGGCCAUUUGUCCGUAUCAGGGUCGAGUAUUGGUCGGCGUGGGGAGGAUGCUGCGGCUCUACGACUUGGGCAAGAAGAAGUUACUGCGAAAAUGCGAGAACAAGCACAUACCCAACGCGAUAGUCUCGAUCAAUGCUAUAGGCCAACGGAUUUACGUUAGCGACGUGCAAGAAUCCGUAUAUGCGGUGAGAUAUAAACGGCAGGAGAAUCAGCUGAUCGUCUUCGCGGAUGAUACGCAUCCCAGAUGGAUCACGACCACGUGCGUCCUGGAUUACGACACCGUCGCCACGGCCGAUAAAUUCGGGAACAUAGCUGUGAUACGAUUAGCGACUGGCAUUAACGACGACGUAGACGAAGAUCCCACUGGGAACAAAGCUCUGUGGGAUCGCGGUUUACUAAAUGGCGCCAGUCAGAAAGCGGACACCGUGGCGUGCUUCCACGUCGGCGAGACGGUGAUGUCCCUGCAGAAGGCGACCCUCAUACCGGGCGGUUCCGAGAGUCUGGUCUACACAACCCUGAGCGGAACGGUGGGCGUGCUCGUGCCGUUUACCAGUCACGAGGACCACGAUUUCUUUCAGCACUUAGAAAUGCACAUGCGAUCCGAGCACCCGCCCCUCUGCGGCAGGGAUCAUCUGUCCUUCCGAUCGUACUAUUAUCCAGUGAAGAACGUUAUCGACGGCGACCUUUGCGAGCAGUUCAAUUCGAUCGAGCCUACCAAGCAGAAGAGCAUCUCCGGCGACCUCGAGAGAACACCGUCCGAGGUAUCAAAGAAGUUGGAAGACAUACGUACUCGUUACGCAUUCUAAACUAUUGCAAUUAUCGAGUCAUGUGUUCGCAAGAACGGCAGAUCAGUAGCAUUAUUUGGAAAAAUUACCGUUGCAGAUCUAUUAAUCCGUUUUCUGCAUAUAAUAGCGAUGCAUAUUUCAAUCGUUAAACGCACGAGACAAGUUCAGUUAUAUGUAAGACGAUCACAUUACUUGUGUAAAAGUUUAAUAUUUUUUACGUGUGUGAUAAUUUUAUUAUGUAUACUUGAACAUAAUUUUUAGAACAUAUAUAUGUUAUAACGUUAGAUCUAUAUUGUAUAUUUAAUUUCUCUUAGAUUAAACAGUGUCACGAGAAAAGAGAAAAAAACACGGUACUGAAAAAGAGUAAAAAGUAUUUUAAUAGCUUUAGGAGACCCUCACAAAGGUUUUAUAUCUCCAUAUUUAACAGUUAGCGAAUAGUUACGAAAAAAAAAUAUAAAACGUUCGAAAAGGUUGAAAGUUUUGUUACGAAUCACUUUAGUUGUAUUUAUACCGUGAUGUAUAGUUACAACACACGUUAUUGUAUAACGACAAUGUGAACUAUCACAUUCACGAGUAAUAUACCAGUCGUAAGGAUUAUUUUUCAUUACCCUGCAAAUUAAUCUAAUCUAAUCGUGUAAUAAUAAUUAUUUGUAUUGAAUAUAAAUCUUGGAAUAUAUUUAUUAAAACAGAAAGAGAUCUUGUGUAUUUCUAUGCAUAUGUACAUAGCGUGACAAUAAAGCCUUUCAAACUGA